GUAGAACUUACAACAACUGAAGAUAUAACUUCAACUGUAGAACCUACAACAACAGAAGCCAUCACUACAACUGUAGAACCUACAACAACAGAAGCUAUCACUACAACUGUAGAACCUACAACAACCGAAGCUGCCACUACUACUGUAGAACUUACAACAACUGAAGAAAUAACUCCAACUGUAGAACUUACAACAACGGAAGCUAUCACUACAACUGUAGAACCUACAACAACAGAAGCUAUCACUACAACUGUAGAACCUACAACAACGGAAGCUAUCACUACAACUGUAGAACCUACAACAACAGAAGCUAUCACUACAACUGUGGAACCUACAACAACAGUAGCUUCCGCUACAACUGUAGAACCUACAACAACAGAAGAUAUAACUUCAACUGUAGAACCUACAACAACGGAAUCAAUUACUACAACUGUGGAACCUACAUUAACUGGAGAUAUAACCACAACUGUAGAACCUACAACAAAGGAAGAUACCACUACAACUGUGGAACCUACAACAACAGGAACUAUCACUACAACUGUGGAACAUACAUCAACAGAAGCUGCCACUUCUACUGUAGAACUAACAACAACUGGAGAUAUUACUUCAACUGUAGAACCUACAACAACGGAAGCUAUCACUACAACUGUACAACCUACAACAACAGAAGCUAUCACUACAUCUGUUGCACCUACAACAACAGAAUCUACAAGUACAACUAUAGAACCUACAACAACAGAAGCUACCACCACAGCUGUAGAACCUACAACAACGGAAGCUAUCACUACAACUGUACAACCUACAACAACAGAAGCUACCACCACAGCUGUAGAACCUACAACAACGGAAGCUAUCACUACAACUGUUGCACCUACAACAACAGAAUCUACAAGUACAACUAUAGAACCUACACCAACAGAAGCUAUCACCACAACUGUAGAACCUACAACAACGGAAGCUAUCACUACUACUGCUGAACCUACAACAACAAAAGCUUCCAUUUUAACCGUAGAGUCUAAAACAACAGAAGCUACCACUACAACUGUACAACCUACGACAACAGAAGCUACCACUACAACUGCACAACCUACAACAGAAACUACCACUACAACUAUUGUGUCUACAACAACAGAAUAUUUGCCAACAUCUACACAUACUAAUGGCAGCAUAAAUUCAACCAAUCUUAAAUUCGCUAACGAUGAAGCAGACGAUACCAUCCAAACCGUUGGUAUUGUCAUUGGUGCCAUAGCAGCCGCUGUAAUUGUCACCGGUGUAGGUGCUGGUGUGGCAGUACUUAAGUAUGGUGGAAUGAGAAACGUCAGAAGAGCUGAUCCAUUCCAUCGAAGAGUCAGUCCUUCAAUAGAGGAUGACAUUCAAAUUGAAUCAGACGAUGACCUUUUCGCGGACUACAACGACAGUGCACUUCCUCCGCGUUCAACAACACUUAUAAUAUUGGAACCAGUAGAUUCAAACUGCUGAUUAUUGUUGCUGUUCUGUCUGUUUAUUAAUAUUUCAUCAUAAAGUUGUAUAAAUUACAAACUUAAACAAGUCAAAAUAACUAAUGAUGAUUGAAAAAGGACUCAGGUGUAUCAAAAGUAAAAAAAAAUGCCUUUGUGAAGCAUCUAUGGGUGAAUUUUGCUUUGGGUUGCGGUAAAGUGCUGUCGAACAAUUUAACGAGAGCAAAAUGUCUUGCUUGAUUUCAAAUUAAUUUGUGGUUUGUAAAUCAUGGUAACAAAUCAUUUUUAUAUUAUUUUGUAAAAUAUCACAUAUUUUUUAUACAUGUUUUUUACAUGUGAUUGCGCAUGCAUGUAUAAAGUUUGUUUUCUAAAAAUA